GAGCCACUGAUUAGCCCCACCUGGUCACACCGUAACCGUAAUUUGUUGUUUUGAGUGGCGGCGAACACGCUUAACCUCCGGUAAUUGAUUGAUUGAACACGGCAGACCCAUAAAAGGACAUUCGGCCACUUGUUACCGCUCGCACGACUUUCAGAGCAACUAAAUUCUCAAAACAGCUGUGCUGUGUGCUGUGAAAGUUUGUUAAAGUUAUCGCUAAAAGAACAAUAGAGAAAAAGGGCGCAACAACUCGGCUGGAGAGGAGAAAAGGCUGAAAAGAAGGCGCUCCGUCCCAGUCAGUCCCGACAGGCAGACGAAGAACAAAAGCCAGAAAGCAAGAGCGGCGCGCACAAGGAGAAAUAAACAAUCAAAACAAGAACUGCUGAGUAGGAGGAGGAGGAACAGGCACAAGGAGAGUCGACCCUCGGAUAAAAUAAAAAAAAAAAAUAAAUAAAAGAGGGCAUCCAAUAUGACGGACGAAUGCAUAACCAGAAACUUCAAUGUUCUCAGCUCGAAUGGAGCGGGAAAUCGAAGCAGCAUUAUUGCUGAUAAUACCGAUGCCAAGGGCUGCCCGGGGGGCGGUGUUGUUGUCGGCGGUGGCGGUGGUGCAGCAACUGCAGCGGGCGCUCCGCCCGUUGUGGCCAACAAGUUGGUGGCCCGAAUGCCGGUGGAUCGUUACGCCUCCGAAUACAAUAUGAAUCACAAGAAUCGCGGAGUGGCCCUAAUCUUCAACCACGAAUUCUUUGAUAUUCCCUCACUCAAGAGCCGUUCCGGCACCAAUGUGGAUUCCGCCGAACUGAAGUUGGCCCUGGAGGGUCUGGGCUUCAGUGUGUCGGUGCACAAGGACUGCAAGUUGCUGGACAUCCUCAAGUACGUGGAGAAAGCAGCUUCCCAGGAUCACACGGACAACGACUGCCUGGCAGUGGCCAUUCUGUCGCAUGGAGAACAUGGCUAUCUGUACGCCAAGGACACUCAGUACAAGCUGGACAACAUCUGGCACUAUUUCACGGCCAACUUCUGCCCCACGCUGGCCGGCAAACCAAAGCUGUUCUUCAUCCAGGCCUGCCAGGGCGAUCGUCUGGACGGCGGAAUGACUCUCGAGAAGAGCACAACCGAAACGGAUGGCGACUCCUCGAUGAGCUACAAGAUACCCAUACAUUCGGACUUUCUCUUCUCCUACUCCACCAUUCCAGGCUACUACUCCUGGCGCAACAUCAACAACGGGUCCUGGUUUAUGCAGUCCCUGAUCCGAGAGCUCAACACCAAUGGCAAGAAGUACGACAUCCUCACCCUGCUCACAUUCGUCAAUCAGCGCGUCGCCAUCGACUUUGAGUCGAACGUGCCCGGCACCCCCAUGAUGGAUCGCCAGAAGCAGAUACCGUGCCUCACCUCCAUGCUGACGCGCAUACUGCGCUUCAGUGACAAACCGAAUGGCAACAAGGCUGGCUAAACGAUCUCUUUUCUAGGCUAAGUUCAAAGACAACAACUGAAAUUCCCAACAAUCAUUCACUUUGGAUUCCAAUUCACUUCAAGUCUAGUAUAGGAUGGACACGUGUGAUUAUCCUUGAGGAUAAGGAUCACCAUUUCAUAAUUAAUCCCCCCAUCACACUCAUUUAACACCCAACCCACCCACCCAAUCCGGCCUUAUGGAUGACGAAAUUCGUUUCCCACUUCAUUUUAUGAUUUCCCUAAACGUAAGAACACUUGCCAAUCAGCAAACCCACAAAUUUUUGGAUAAGAUUAUACAAUGGAGAUAUAUACAAUUAUAUAUAUUUUAUACGCAUUUGAAUAAACUGAAUUGAAUAUUAA